CGAGAAAAGCAAAACAGGCGAGCUGAGGCCCGGGGAUUUUACGUGAAGAAAAAAAUCCUGUUUUCCACUAUUUCAGAAUGCCGUAACCCAUUUGGAAUUUAUUGCAAGUUUCCUCACAGAUAGCUGUCAACUGAAUGAGUGUUCUGCUGUGGAUUUAUCUGUCAAAUAUUGCGGAUUUUAUCUGGACCUAUGCUACCACCAGUGUUUAACCCUCUGUCUUGGGGUGUGGUCUGUCGGGAAGUAGGAGUAUCACUGUCACGUUGAGGAUGGCUCAUUGGCGGAGGGUCAAUGGCGUGGAAGAGGACGGGGACAGCGCUUGCAGUCAUCAUCCCCACCACAUUGUCUACAAAAAGGUGGAGAAACUCAUACAAAAGAUGCAAGAUGAGAAAAACGGCGUGCCAGUCCGGACGGUGAAGAGCUUCAUGUCCAAAGUGCCAAGUGUCUUCACGGGUGCUGAUUUAGUUCAGUGGCUGAUGAGGAUACUGGAUAUAGAUCAAGUCAAUGCCAUUCAUCUUGGGUCACUUCUGGCUGCAAAUGGCUACUUCUUCCCAAUAACCGACCACGUCCUCACACUCAAAGAUGACAACACUUUCUACAGGUUUCAGACACCCUACUUCUGGCCGUCAAACUGCUGGGAACCCGAAAAUACAGACUAUGCCGUUUAUCUGUGCAAACGAACUAUGCAAAACAAGUCCAGGCUGGAACUGGCAGAUUAUGAAGCGGAGAACUUGGCCAAGCUGCAGCGAAUGUUCUCAAGGAAGUGGGAGUUUAUCUUCAUGCAGGCAGAAGCCCAGGCCAAGGUAGACAAGAAGCGAGACAAGAUGGAGCGGAAAGUGUUGGACAGUCAAGAGAGGGCAUUCUGGGAUGUGCAUCGGCCAGUACCGGGCUGUGUUAACACCACAGAGAUGGAUAUCAAAAAGCUCAGCCGCAUCAACCGCACCUGCAAGAAGAAGAAGAUGAACUUUGGUGCGGGUGGUGAGAGAAUAAGUCCAUGUGCAUCAGAUUCGGAUCUGCGGUCCCAUUCAGAAGAACUCAUGAGAACGGAUGCAUCUCAUCAUGAGCAUCUGCACUUUGCAUGUUGUUCACCCAUCUUGUUCCUCAAGCGCAAGGUUGAAAUGCAGAAGGCGAGGUUAGAAAAGAGGCAGUACAAGACGUCAAAAGUUGCCGAGCUGUUGAUAAGCUACUGUCAGCAGUACCGAGACUACGACAGUUUCCUGUGUGCACCAACGGAAGGCUCUAACCCCUGGUUGUCAGAUGACCCCUCGCUUUGGGAAGCUGCUACAACAAUGAACCUAAAGGAUGUCCCAGUUUGGCGUGUCAAGAAGUGGGGCUUCUCCUUUGACGACCUGCUAAAGGAUCCGUUAGGCCGAGACCAGUUCGCAAAAUUCCUUGCCAAGGAAUUCAGCCAAGAAAACCUAAGGUUUUGGGUAGCGUGUCAAGAAUUGAAAGCAACUGCAAUCAGCAAAGUACCAGCCAAGGCACAAGAGAUCCAUGAUGAGUUCCUGUCUGAAGCGUCACACAGUCCCAUCAACGUGGACUCCAAGGUGCGGGAGGUCACACGGAAAAACAUGAAGGGGGCAGCAGGCCGGUACACAUUUGACUCUGCCCAGGAGCACAUCUACACUCUAAUGCGAAGCGACAGCUAUUCGCGGUUUCUCAAAUCCGACUUGUACAAAGAACUUCUCAAUCCCAAGAAAAAGUGCCAGAGUCACUGGGAAAAGACUAAAUCUCUCAUACCCAAACUGCCAAGUCUGGCAAACAGGAUGGACUUCUUGGAUAAGUGAUAAUAACGCAACAGAGCAAGUUUCUUCACCACCUGACCAGCUUUCAUAUAGGAUGACAAGAAGCCAGCGUGGUCGCCUAGCAACUUCCCUCCCACUCCUUGCCCCUCCAUCUUCUCCCUCAAGCAUCCCCCAGCAUCGUCUUCCUGGACUCAGAAAGACGAAUGCCUAGGACUCUCUUGACGCAUUGUCCCGCAAGAGCUGAAGGACUCUAGACAAGUGGGAAAGCGUCCAGAAUCCAUACAGAUUUUGUGGCCACAAAGCGUGACAGUAUCAACCAAGAACCACCACAAGGAUGGUUUUCUGCAUCUUUUGAUCGAUCCUUUCAGUCUCUCGCGUGAUUCUUUACUAUUUGUUUGUCAUGGAUGGGUGUAUGCUGCUACGAAACUUAACUGAACACAAGCACUUUCUCUUGUGGCUGGUUUGCUUCAGCAGCUUUGGACCGGACUUGGCAGUUGUGAACACAGCGUUGCCUUGACAACAGUCUCCCAAUGCACCACCAUCAAGAGACAGCAUUUUGUGUGUGUGUGUAAAACAGCCAACCACAUCAGCAUUGCCCAAACUGCCCAGGCACUGUACUCAGCUGCCACUGUUGUCCUGUCCUUAGAGGAGUGGACCCUCGCUUGAAUUACGUCACUGCUGCAACGUAGUCGCAUAGAUUGAUGAACUCACACAUGGCAUUUUCACGCCGCAUUUCCCGACAUGAGAUGGUUUUCAGCUCCACAUGGCAUCAACAUGCCAUGGAAAGUCAUCAAAAUUUGUCUGGAGGACAGAUAGGAGCUGACUCUGUGUCCCCUCUAGUGAAAGAAAUACCACCAUAAGGAGCACCUAGAAAGCCAACAAGAAAUGAACACCAAGCAGCAAGCACUGGCAUUAGCAGUGCGAACCCCCCCCCCCCGAUAGUUUGAACACUUCGGAUGGGCACACUCAGUCAUCGGCAAUGACCCACAUGGCAUCCCCGUGCAUGAGUUGAGCCCCUUGUUCAAUAAUUCAUCAUCAUGCAAAGCUCCUAAUAAAUAUUCAGGAGUUUGCUACACAUCAUUAAGGUAAAUGGGAUGCCACUGUAGCAUUUGGAAGCAGAGGGGGCCACUUAUACGUACAUUGUCAGAACCCUCAAAUGGAGUGAAUUGCUAAUAUCUGUGUGAAGUGAGAGUUAACGAAGAAACUAUUACCAGCUCUUAGAACUACUGGAAACCGAUCCGAUAGCAUGCACCUCAGUCCCCUAACUCUGUAAUAGAUUGCAAGUUAUUCACACAGAUCCGAUAAUAACCGACGGGAAGUCUGUCCAGCAUCGAAAUAUUUAAUCCCAAUUGCAUGCAGAUGGUUGUGUCGUAAGCAGAGGAGAAUGCCUCACUGAAAAGACUGCACAACUUCCAAGAUUGACCCCGUAGCCGACAUGCAUGAGGAUGCGGCCUGCAAAUGCGGAGGAAAGGAGCAAGUCGGACACUUAACCAUGUGAGGACGAUCUACAGAGUUGCAUUGGUCCAUUGAAAGGAAAUACAGAGUACAUGUAGGUCUCCUGAAGAACUGAGGUGGAGGCCAAGGUCGUUGACCAGGCCUCAUAUCAGGUGCAGUGGUAUUUUGAUGUAGUGUAGUCCAGUCCUUGCACAUGGAUCAUCACCUGAGGUUCUUGGAGGUUUUAAGGCUCCCUCGCACACCCACCACUCCUAGUUAUAGAUGCUAACAGCUUUCCUCUUCUGUGGAGCAGAACACAUAAGUAUCAUUUCCAACUCCCACUCCCCAAAAAAGAAGUGUUUUAUGUACAGGUGUACAAAUUGAGAUUUUUGUUUUUGUCAUUUGGAGCGCAGCUAUGUAUCUCGACAAAACACAGGAUACAAAUUUAUGAUAACUGUAUUAUAGAGACUUUUUUUUUAGUUGAUGCAAUGUUAUGUGGUCUCUUUGAGUAGUAAAGGGUGUAUCAGUGUGCAUGCAUGACUGUGAGGGAUGGAUCUAUUUUGUAAGUGCAGACGGUCAAUUUGUGAGAAUUAUCUUCUAAGCCAAGUUCAGGUUUCUUUUGACAACGGGUACGAAUUGCCGGAUUUCUUCUAAGUUGCCAGAUAUUCAAUGCCAAAGCAUUAUAAAAAUAAGAUUUCUAUGGUCCUUGUGAAGUUUCUACAUGUUUGUGAAAUAUUAAGUAUGCAUUUUUCUUUCCUUUCAUGGAAGAAGGGCUUAUCAUAAAUUUAGAACAGGAACUAAUUGUUACAAUUCGGCCAUUUAAGAGGUCAACAUACAUGGAGUUGCGACAUUUUAAUAGCAUUCUCCUCGUAAGGGUUGACUAUUUUGACUCAAACUGAGCAUGAUCCCUGUGUUGUUUUCCCGAUAGCAGAACAUACUGUGUAAAACGUGGAGUUCACCGUUUCAUCUCUACAACCUUACCAACCCUUACUAGAGGUUGCUUCUACAAGGUGCUACUACAGACUUACCCAACCCAAAUUGUAGACGAUUCUAGUACUCUCACGAAUUGGAAUCGUGGCAGGCAGGCCAUGUCUUGCUUCGGCUCAGAAAAAAAGUUUUUAAAGUGAGACAAACUCAGCAAUCACUACAGAUUACUCUGACACCUUGCCAAUCAAGAGUCAAAUGAACAUAAGGAACAACUCAUGAAUAAGGACCAUUAGCAUCUCUAAGGCAACAAUAAUUUCAGAAUUCUAGUUUCUGGUUCCCCAGUUUGUUUGUUUGUUUGUUUACUUAUUUUGGCUUUUUGGUUAUUUAUUUAUUUUGGAGGGGGUUAUUGUUUGUUUUUUGUUUUGUUUCACUUGAAUAUUGGCAUCUUACUUAUGGGAAGCUGAUGUAUUGGCACCCAUGACAUUUCAGUCCCACAUAGGUCAAGUAGCUGGUAAUUAUUGUUGAGUUCUGAAAUAGUUGGGAAAUCACCAACUACAUGUAUGAAAAAAGACAUUCAGAAAUGCCACAUUCUGCCAUUUCGGAAGUUUCCAGUGUGUUGCUUCAGUGGAAAAUCUCUCUCAGUUUGCCCCCUUUUUUGCAAGGAAAAACAUAAUCAGAUGGGGGCUUGUCACCAUGGAUGGAUCUAGAUUUUAGUGAUGUGUGCGGUUUAACUUUGUAAAACAAAGGACUGAGUAUAUAAUUAAUACAAUGUAUAUUGUAAUUGCUUCGUAUAGUAUUAAUGAGAGAAGUGAGUUGAGAAUAUACAGGCACAUUUGACUAUGUGGGGACAAAUAUAUAUUCAGCUUUGAGAUCUACGUGUAAAUAAAAUACUGGUUAUGUACAGAAUAAGAUAGAGACAAUUUUUACAGCCAAACACUCCUAGCUGUAAGGGUAUUAUUAUUAAUCUAGUUGAUGGAGGUAUGUAAAGUUUUAAGAGGAAUUAUUAAGGAGACUUACAAAAGUAUUGAAAUGUUUCAACAAAAUAAUAAAUUGUAUAUUUAUUAGAGAGUUACUAUUGGAUGAUUUUUAGGUAGAGAGCAAGGAGUUAAAUGAAGCCACUAUUUUUGCCUUUUUUUUUUUUGGUGGAAUGAUUUUUUUUUUAAUGCACAGCAGCUGGGUUUAGUUGAUUGGAGGGGACAGAAAAGCUGUGCACCAAUCAGAGGCCACGUGUUGCAUCAGUCUACCUGCUUUACAUCAAUUUAUAAUGGGAGAGGUGUAUAGGUCAAGAUACAAGUUUGAUUAGUGGCUACACAAGUAUUUCCAUCUUGUGGAAAUGGCAGUAGUACAGAGGAAACUUCCAUACCAAAUGUACAUGUAAAUGAAGGCUGAAAAAAGUUAUUGAAUGCUAGCAAAUUUUAUAGGCCGUCUUUUUGAUGAAAGUCAUGGGAAAGCUGCUAGAAAAGAAGACAUUCUUAUAAUGGAUGGUUGAUGGAACAUAGUGUUUAAGUGCCCCCCCUUCCAAUGGGAACAAAACAAUAAUGAAAGAGGGCAGGUUGUUAUUUUUGAGAGCUCUUGGUCAUGGUUUGUCAGCCAAGUGAAGCGUCAGACUGGCUGUAAGUCAGUGGAGGUCAAUAUGGCCAACGUUGUUCUGGGUGUAACAAAAUGGCUACUGGCCAGUCAUGAUAGAUUUAAGUUCCCAGUCACUGUCUUCAUAAUUUUAUUGGCACAGGGGAAGAGUAAAUGACAGGAAGGCCAACUUUAAAGAGACGUUCAGGCAGUGCAGGGGAAACAUCAGAGUCCAGUAACACAGUGUAGCUGACUGGAACAUGUUAAGAGCGGUUGUGAGCAGAUUGUCAUGCAUAGCCAAAGGUUAAGGUGAGAACAACUUUUGCUGAAAAGAACCCCACGGCGGACUCACUGAAACUGAUGUACUCAUCAUCAUGUCAACGUGAGUUUGUACAAUCUCAGCUCAUUCAGUUCUGUUUCUGUGCAUGGACAUGCAUGAUAUUCAGCUACUAGUGGGACCAUUGUGUUAUUUUUAGUCUCCUGUUGUUUAGUCUCGCUCGCUUUGAUCAAGAGCUUGCCUGCAGAAGGUUGGACUCUGAUUGGUGCCCUUUUUUUCCCAAAUUUUGACCAAACAAGAAGUACAUGUAGCUAGAUAAUUCAAGUAAGUAUUUUGUGGUCUCACACGGUGAAAUGGUGUGCACCAAAAGCUGUUUUAAUUUCCUAUGUAUUUUUAUUUCCGGAAUUUUAAAAAUGAUUUUAAUUUAAUGUCAUUUUUUUUAAGUAGUUAAUUUGAAUGGUCAGACUGUUCUUCUAUUUGUGGGCAGUUUCAUUUUCCCCUCUUGCCACUGGUGACCCUCUGGGGCUUCAGUGGAAGCCUAGUUAGUAUAGCAAUGAUUUCCAGGUACCGUUGUGAUAAAGCUACACUCUUUCAAUAAUUACACAGUGAAAGCCCUCCAGGUUUCAUCAGACACUACAACUGAACGUAGCAAUAAUAGCAUGAGUGCUUACUAGAUUAGGCAAUAAUUUUCCAGAUUGUUUAAACCAAGGGUGCUUUUUUUCUGGUUCUAAACGUUAUCUAGCAAACCAACAUCACCUGAAUGCUGUAUAUUAACAAGUUUUUUUUUUAAAUGAGCACUUCUGUGAUUUUUGAGAGUGAGAAUAUUCUGCUCACAAACAGAAGAACAAGAACAAACGUGCUUGACGGUGAAGUCACCAGGUCCCUAAUUCACCACCUAGUAUCAAGUCCGAUUGGUUUUCACAGUAAGUGGCGAAAUAAUGGACCUGGCAACUAUACUGUCAAGCACAGUAGCUUAGUGUAGGGUUGAAAUUAUUUCCUGGUUUGGUUCUUUUUAGGAUCCUGAAAUAUGGGUGCUGAGGCAACAAGUUUACAUCAAUUCAUUUCAUGUACCUUGAUUAAAGAGGAGGCAUGUCAGCAAAUCUCUGCCA